AUGGCUACCAAUAUCACCUGGCACGAAAACUUGACUCACGAUGAGCGGGCAACUUUGCGCAAGCAAAGGGGUGUCACCGUGUGGCUCACCGGCUUGUCAGCUCUGGGGAAGCUGACGAUUGCCUGCGCUCUUGAACAAGCUUUGCUCAACAGAGGCCUCAACGCCUAUCGUUUGGACGGUGACAAUGUCAGAUUUGGGUUGAACAAGGACCUUGGGUUUUCUGAAGCUGACAGAAACGAAAACAUUCGCCGGAUCUCCGAAGUUGCCAAAUUAUUCAAUGACUCAUGUUGUGUCACGUUGACAUCGUUCAUUUCGCCCUACAAGAAGGACCGGGAAACUGCUCGUGAAUUGCACGAGAAAGAUAAUUUGCCCUUUGUUGAGGUUUUUGUCGAUGUCCCGAUUGAAGUAGCCGAACAAAGAGAUCCUAAGGGCCUUUACAAAAAGGCUCGUGAAGGUAUCAUCAAGGAAUUCACUGGUAUUUCCGCCCCUUACGAAGCACCGGAAAACCCCGAAAUUCACUUGAAAAACUACGACGCCUCUGUUGAAGAUGCUGCUGCACAAAUCAUUUCGUAUCUCGAGAGGGAAAAAUAUAUCUAA